AUGGGAAUCGACGAUCAUAGUUGUGGUGCUGAGCCUCUGGCCAGCUUUUGGCCACUUCUGUAUUCGCUUCUGCCGUUAGACCUUCCACCAGUCAAUAAAGACAACCUGAUUCUAUCAGCUGCAUAUAAUGGUGACGUGGAUCGAUACGUACGCCUACGACGCCCACAUCGGAUCAAACAAGAAUUCCACGCUAUCAUUUUGGGGAUAUACAACCACCCCCUUUGGGCGCGAUGGUGGAGCACACAGGUGCCGGAGGUCCCCGAUAAAAGGGACGAGGUAUCCAUAAGAUGCGCAAUCAAUGCGCGACGCAUCAUCAGCGACGAUAUUACUUGUAUCACACCAAGUACUCCGAAAUGGCUGGUACCUCACAGAAUCUGGUGGCCCAGUGUUGCUUCCCCAGUGACCUACGUGCGUCUCGCGCAGAGAAGGCCUGAUAUGCUCGAGUCAUGUCUACGAGCAUGUAUUGUCGCCGAUUACGAAAAGGCGUGGGAUGAAAUUCUGAUUGGGUCAUCGGAUGGCCCGAACGAUUCCAAAGCCGCUCGACUUUCCAAAGUCGUCAGAUCGAAUAUCUAUGCCGAGGCUAGAGAUUCAUCCAAUCCGCACUACCUCAACGACAUAAAUUCGCUUGGCACAGCCAAGGUGGAGGAGCUUGAAGCCGAUAUGUGCUACUUGGAUGACAUGUGUACUGCGAGAUGGAUGUAUUCGCCACGCUCGACUGCCGAAAGAGUUGUAAUCAAAGACAAGCCCUUUACGGUAACAGUGGGGGAGAGUGGAUCAGAUGGGAUUCCGAGAGGGCCGGGUGAUCUGGGAUUCACAAUUUUUGGCAUGGAUGCAGUUGGCUUGGAUAAUAAGACAUGGGAGAAGGGAAGUUACAUUGAGGUCGAAGAUCUGUACAACAUCCUCGAUGCCAGAGAGCUUUCAACAUAA